GAGACCACGUGAUAAGCAUACACCUGUAUGCGCGUCUUUUUGUAGUCGGUGUGCGCGCGGACGUGAUGUAUGUUGUUUUGCGUUCGUCGCAUCAGCGUCGCUGUUGUUACCAUCGGGAUCAGACGGUUCAUCAGACAAGCAGGGUGAGUGCUCACUGGAUUUCAGAAUGCCAAGGAAAUCCACCCCCCCUCCGUACCAGCCAAAUGGCAGCAAGCACCAUAGCAGCAGACACAGGCACAGUGAGCCCAUGUCCAAUCCAGCCUUUUCCUACUACCCAGGAGAGAGGAUGCUGCACUUCUAUCGCUGGACUUCACCACCGGGUGUGAUGAAGAUAUUGUGUAUCAUCAUCAUCGUCAUGUGCGUGGCUGUGUUUGCCUGUGUGGCCUCCACGCUGGCCUGGGACUACGACAUGAGCCUCAUGGGUCUGGGAGGUGGAUCUGCCUUGAUGCCAGGCUAUGGCGGCUCAUACGGUGGCUCAUACGGCGGCUCAUACGGUGGCUCAUAUGGCGGCUCAUAUGGAGGCGGCAUUGGCGGUUCUUACAGCUAUGGAGAAACACAAAUGGAUCCUAGAGCUGGCAAAGGCUUCAUCAUUGCCAUUUCGGCCAUUACCUUCAUAGCUGUGCUCAUCAUAUUUGUGCUGGUUGUUUCGAGGCAAAAUACUGCCCGCUCAUCAAAGUUCUACCUAGCAGCCACCAUCAUCUGUGCCAUCUUAGCGUUUCUGAUGAUCAUUGCCACUAUUGUGUACCUGGUGUCAGUGAACCCAACAGCUCAGUCCACAGGGUCCAUGUACUACAGCCAGAUCCGCCAGCUGUGUGCCCAGUACCAGACACAGACCCAGGCUCAGGGCAUCUUCCUCAACCAGUACCUUUACCACUACUGUGUGGUGGAGCCCCAAGAGGCCAUAGCUAUUGUCCUGGGCUUCCUGGUGUUUGUUGCCCUCAUCAUCCUGCUGGUGUUUGCGGUCAAGACUCGCUCCCAGAUCAGGCGCUGGGGCCAUGACCGCAUUCUCUGGGAGGAAGUGAAGGUCGUCAGUGAUGGUCUACCCAACAGUGUCGGGGAGUGGGUGAAAAAUGUGUCUGGUGAACCAGAGGUACUGUUGAAUGACUAUAAUGACAAAGUUGGGGGGUCCAGAGACUACCUGGACCGACUGGACCACAAUAAGCCUCUUUACCUGCCAGGAGACUCGGACAUCAGCAGCUUUGUGGGAGGCCUGAAACCCAGGCUGAAGGACUAUGACACUGGUGCAGAGUCUGGAGACGACCUGGAAGAGGAAGACUUCAGCGCUUCGUUUCCUACCAUUAUGGAUGAGCAAGAACGUCUGAACUACAAACGGGAGUUUGAUCGGGAUCACCAGGAGUACAAGACCUUGCAGGCUGAACUGGACAGCAUAAACCAAGACCUGGCUGACCUGAACAGAGAGCUAGACCGACACCCUGAAGGCAGUCCACAGUUCCUGGAUGCCAUGAGUGAAUACACCAGACUGAAGAAUCUCAAGAAGUCCCCAGACUACCAGAUUCGAAAGAGGAGGUGUAAAUAUCUCAGGUCCAAACUGUCACACAUCAAGAAGAAGAUCAGCGAAUACGACCGCCGACCCUGAACCUUCAGCUCUGACCAUCUUCAUCUAUGGAAAGUGACAAAUGUGACAAAUGUGCAAUUUUUCACUUUUUGAGUUUAUCACAAACCUAUAGGUGAUUACUAUAAUGAAAGUCUGUUUCCAGAGACAAAGUUUUUUUUUUUUCAACUAUUGUCUUUGAUUUACUUCUGUAAGUUUCAUGAAGAACUAUUUUAAAGAACAAGGAAGGUGUAAAAAGUGUAUUUUUAGUUUCUCUCCUGAAGACAGAAAAUGAGAGAUGCAAUGUUUUUGUUUCAGUGCGGGUUGAAGCAGUUAUCAUGCUUCUUUUAUAGCGUUUUUUAAAUCAUGUUUGAAAGUGUCAUGUACAUGGACGGCACAGCUAAGACAUAAGAAUGUGUUUGGCAUCAUUAAGUCACUGACCAUCCCUUGUAAAUAAUGUUAAUUUUUAGUAUUUAGGAACAAUUGAAAUUGUUCUAUAAUGAGCUUUUCUCUACUUUUAUGUGCUGUUUUCUGUAAAUGAUGAAGUCUCUCUGCCCUUAAAGAUUGUAAGUGCUCAUUUUAGACCUUUUUCUUGGUAAACACAAGCAAAAGUCCAGAUGUAAGUAACUGAUGGCUUCUUUCCCUUUAGGUGUGCCAUGAACAUGUGUCUGACAUUUGUCUUUUGAUAUAAUGAAUUUCAUUCCUUUUUUCCAUGUUAUUCAAAUAAACAGUUCCUCCUUCGCUCCAA